CUGAAUUCUACGCUAUACGUGCAUUCGCCUUACGCGCAUAUGCUCGCAUCGAAUAGGGGUUAGGGGGACGGUCGGGCAAAAACACAGUUAUCCGCUACGGAUCUGUGAUCGUCGACGACGUUUGAACUUUUAUUUCUCCAUUUCCUCUAUUUAUUCGAGCAGAAUUGAAGGGGUCGGACUAGGAUAUAUGAUCGGCUCAAUGGCUCAUAGGAAUAAACCCUUCAGAUACUGCGAAGGCGCGCCGUCCUGGAACCCGACGACUUAUACCGCGGACGCCCCGCUGCACGCGCGCGCCGAAGCGCUUCUCGCCGACGAUGAGUUCGCGUCCGCCAUCGCCGCGUCGUUCUCGUUACCGCCGCCUCACCGCGACAAGUACACCUACCACGCGAUCAUCAGCGUGACGCUUGCCGAGGUGCAGCACGCCAUAUCUCUCGGCCGACAGAACGGCUUGCACGCCUGGUACUUCGCGCCUUCAUCUCCACCCACCGCGCCCUCUCCUACCAACAACGCCACCAACACCACCACCGCCGAUCCGCCUCCGCAACCGCAAAAGCAAACCCUAACCUCGCUCCCCCCGCCCCCGCGCGCCGACAUCGAAUCCUACCUCUCCCUCUUCUCACCAUACACAUCCACGCCCUCGGCCCUCAAAACGCUCCUCUCCAACGCCAAGAAAGACAGCCUACGGCUCUCGAUCGCGACCUACCUCCAAUCGAAGCGAUACCUGCACCCCUCUCUCCCACACCUCUCAAUCGCGAAAGUCGGCGCCAAAAAAGCUUCCGUCCCUAUGAACCCGUACCUCCAAUUCCUAAACUGGAGCUGCACCGCGCUAGAAUGGGCAGGUCCCUGCCCCGCCUCAACACUCGCGGGUCUGCGCUCGCACCCGAUAUUGCCAGUCCUCAUGCACCACUUCGGGUGCGCGUGUCCCUCGCACGAAGCCCUCUCCAUCCUGCGCCUCCUGGCCGCGGGGCGCGAGGUCCUGGAUAUCGGGUCCGGCGGCGGGUACUGGACGUACAUGCUGCGCGCGUACGGCGUGCGGUGCGUGGCGGUGGACAACGCGCAGAGCGCGUGGCGCGUGACCUGGGUCGACGACACGGUUCUCUCCGAGGGCGCGGCGUUUCUGAAGAAGCGGCGGGCGCGAAAAGUGAAGGAGACUGGUGGGAAUGCGGAUGCGAAUGCGGAAACAGCGGCGGCGGCGGCGGCGGCGGCGGUCGAUCCGGAUGAGCCCGUGCUCUUGCUGGUGUAUCCUAUCGUCGGGGGGUCGGUGGCGGGCGGUUCGGAAGGCGGGUUCACGCGCGCGAUGCUGGAUUCGUAUUCGGGGGACACGUUGGCGGUCGUCGGGACGCAGAACCGGAACGGGUAUACGGGAUUCAGGGGGGAGAGCAUGGAUGAGUAUAUGGAGCGGGAGCAGACGGGCAACGGCUGGGUCAAGGUCGUACAGGUUGCGCUGCCGAGCUUCCCUGGUAAAGACGAGGCCCUGUUCGUUUUCCAGAGAGGUACUAGGGCUCCUCAGGAUGUGAGUUCCAAAGAGGUGGGCGGAGAAAAAGGGGGUAAGAGUAAAGGUGAAAGUAAAAGUGGUAGUAGUAAAGAUAAUAAAGGGGCUCCGUAAGUAAUACUGUCUUUGACAAAUCCUGUGCGGGUAAGUAAGUACUGUCACUAUUAUCUGUCUUUCGUUGGUAGAGCUAAGCGGCUACAAGGACUAUUCUAGUAUAAUAGGGGUACCUUGAGUUCAUUGAGUUUCUACAUACGAAACAGCCAAAUAACUCCUUGGUGCCUAAGCAACUCCAGCCCCUACAUUAAACUUAGAGUGGGCACAUGGUAACCACCUUCGUUGCCAACCAUUCCUUCCACGAAACUGGAGAAAAAAGAAAAAAAAGGAAAUAGACACUUAUCCACCCCCGCCAAGAGACUCGGC